CUCCACAACCACAUUAUUCAAACCCAAAUACAAUGUCAGGGAGAGGAAAGGGAGGCAAGGGGCUGGGAAAGGGAGGAGCAAAACGACACCGUAAAGUUCUCCGUGAUAACAUCCAGGGUAUCACCAAGCCGGCGAUCCGUCGUCUUGCAAGACGUGGUGGGGUGAAGCGUAUUAGCGGUUUAAUCUACGAGGAGACACGUGGCGUCUUGAAGAUCUUUUUGGAGAAUGUGAUUCGUGAUGCGGUUACCUACACAGAGCAUGCUCGCCGGAAGACUGUUACUGCCAUGGACGUUGUUUAUGCUUUGAAACGACAGGGCCGUACCCUCUAUGGCUUUGGGGGUUGAAUUAUAUUUAGGGUUUUGUUGUUUCUUCACAGAUCUAAAAGUUUGUUCAUAUAUCUGUGUAAUUGAAGCUUCUAAUGCAAUUCAGUUGUUUGAUUAUGUGAUUUAUAGCUUUAUAUGCUUAUCGUGUUUGAUGUUU